AUGGAAUGCUGUCAGCGGCCCGGGGUCAGCAUGGUGCUGGGCGCCGUCCUGGCGAGGGGCCGGGCCAUGUGCAGGCACAAUGGGCUUCUCAUCCUGUCCGUACUGUCCGUCAUAGUGGGGUGCCUCCUGGGCUUCAUCCUCAGAACACGUCGCCUCUCACCACAGGAAAUCAGUUACUUCCAGUUCCCCGGCGAGCUACUGAUGAGGAUGUUGAAGAUGCUGAUCCUACCCCUGGUGGUGUCCAGCUUGAUGUCGGGCCUCGCCUCCCUGGACGCCAAGACCUCCAGCCGCCUGGGCAUCCUCACCGUGGCGUAUUAUCUGUGGACCACCUUCCUGGCCGUCGUGGUGGGCAUCAUCAUGGUCUCCAUCAUCCAUCCGGGUGGCGCGGCUCAGAAAGAGACGACCGAGCAGAGCGGGAAGCCAGUCAUGAGCUCGGCUGAUGCCCUGCUGGACCUUGUCAGGAACAUGUUCCCUGCCAACCUGGUGGAAGCCACGUUUAAGCAGUACCGCACCAAGACCACCCCUGUUGUCAAGUCCCCCAAGGGCUCGGUAGAGGAGGCCCCUCCUCCGCGGGUCCUGGUCUAUGGGGUCAAGGAAGACAAUGGUUCUCGCGUGCAGAACUUUGCGUUGGACCUGACGCCACCACCCGAAAUCGUCUACAAGUCAGAGCCUGGCACCAGCGAUGGCAUGAACGUGCUGGGGAUUGUCAUCUUCUCCGCCACCAUGGGCAUCAUGCUGGGCCGUAUGGGGGACAGCGGGGUCCCCCUGGUCAGCUUCUGCCAGUGCCUCAAUGAGUCCGUCAUGAAGAUCGUAGCAGUGGCCGUGUGGUAUUUCCCCUUUGGCAUCGUGUUCCUCAUCGCCGGCAAGAUCCUGGAGAUGGAUGACCCCAAGGCCGUGGGGAAGAAGCUGGGCUUCUACGCCGUGACCGUGGUGGGCGGGCUGGUGGUCCACGGUCUCCUCAUGCUGCCUCUCCUGUACUUCCUCAUCACCAAGAAGAACCCCAUCGUGUUCAUCCGCGGCGUCCUCCAGGCCCUGCUCAUAGCCCUGGCCACCUCCUCCAGCUCAGCCACACUGCCCAUCACCUUCAAGUGCCUGCUGGAGAACAACCACAUCGACCGGCGCAUCGCCCGCUUCGUGCUGCCCGUGGGUGCCACCAUCAACAUGGACGGCACCGCGCUCUACGAGGCCGUGGCUGCCAUUUUCAUCGCCCAGGUCAACAACUACGAGCUCGACUUUGGUCAGAUCAUCACCAUAAGCAUCACAGCCACGGCGGCCAGCAUCGGGGCAGCUGGCAUCCCGCAGGCUGGACUUGUCACCAUGGUGAUCGUGCUGACCUCUGUGGGGCUGCCCACCGAUGACAUCAACCUCAUCAUUGCGGUGGACUGGGCUCUGGACCGCUUCCGUACCAUGAUUAACGUGCUGGGGGAUGCGCUCGCCGCGGGGAUCAUGGCCCACAUCUGCCGAAAGGAUUUUGCUCGGGACGUGGGCACCGAGAAACUGUCUCCCUGUGAGACCAAGCCCGUGCCACUUCAGGAGAUCGUGGCCACCCAGCAGAACGGCUGCGUAAAGAGCGUGGCUGAGGCCUCGGAGCUGACCCUCGGCCCCACCUGCCCCCACCACAUCCCAAUACAGGUGGAGGAGGACGAGGAGCCCGUCGCUGCCAGCCCGGACCACUGCACUAUUGAGAUCAGCGAGCUAGAGACCAAUGUGUGAGGUAUAGGUCUGCAGGGCCGUGCCAGGACCUGAGGGCAGGGGCAGGAAUUGAACUCACAAUGCCUCCCGAGCAGCUGGUAGGGUCUGGCCACCCCCCAUCCACACGUCUCUCCCACUUCUAGCUGGCUGGA